AUGGCCGCCUUUAUGGGAGCAUUUCUUUUCAUCUCCACCGUGGUCGCGGCGAAUAAUUGUUCCAUUCAACCUAUCUAUAUCGAUUUUCACGACAGGGCUGUCGACGGUGGAGUUAGUACUCAGUACGGCCUGUUCACAGGGAUUGGCUUCCCGACAUCGCAAAAUCUAUCUCAAUGGCCGUCAUUGUCCAACAAUGAGACCACUGUGGGAAGUCUGGACUACUGCAGCAGCAGUCCUUUCACCGACUGUAUAAACCGAGUUCAUGGCUUCUACUCCCCAGAGUUGUCCGAAGCGUACUCCUCCGGCUCAUCAUACCAAUCUCUCGACGAUCUCGGCUCAAUACCUGCCACCAUUGUCGAAACCGCAUUCGACACGAUCAACCUCUAUACACAUUACUACGAUCCCUCUCCCGCGAACGUCACUCGUGUCCCAGAUUUCCCGAUCACAGUGCUGUCAAACUACUCCGCGGACUCCUCGCCAUGGUUCGGUCCAGCAGGACUCGUCGGCCUCGGACCCUCGAGCACUGUCCUCCAGCAUUUAUAUGACCUGAAACUCAUCUCCACUCGAUCCUUCGGCCUGUACAUGGGCACGGAGUACGAGCAGUCAAAUGGAGCGAUCAACGGCUCCUUGACGCUGGGGGGUUAUGACUCCGGCCGCUUUGAAGGCGAAGUCCAUAACUUCACCAUCAGUCAAGCCCUCCCUCAAAAUAGCAACAGUCCCUUCAAGGUAUCAGUCGCACAAAUGACCCUCACCGCUGCAGAUGGCGAGAAGACAGAGUUGCUCAGCAACAGCUUCGACGCGUCCAUCACCACUUCCCAGUAUCAACUCAAUCUUCCGGGCGCCGUUGCUGACAAAUUCGCCGACGAGACUGGCGCCACACCAUCAAAUGACGCGAACAACGUCCUUCGUCUCCCCGACGACUUCGAUUCAACACUCACAAUCACUCUCGAAAGCGGGCUCAGUGUCACUUAUGAGGCUGAGUGGCUACGCAACGUCUCCAACAAUUCGCCCAUUUCGGCGGGGUCCAUCAGCUCGUCGCAAGACAACGGAACGACCAGCACCGAAGUAAAUCUCCUGGGCUCCGCAUUCUUGUCCAAUGUCUAUUUCAUGGCAAACUACGACUCCCAGCCGCCCACGUUUCACCUGGCCUUGGCUCGUCCGCACGGUCCGUAUGUACAGACACAAACCCUUUGCGCCGAUACCGUUCCAACGCCGGCCCCGGCAACCACCAUCUCGUCAUUUGCCCGUGAAGGCAUCACAGGUGCAAUCGUCGGAGGUGUAAUUGGCGGCAUCGGCCUGACAUUCCUCUGCUGGUGGCUCUUACGUAAGUGGGCGCAGAGACGCAUGUGGAGGAACCAAGCACGCACCGCCAUGAAAGGCAAAGGCAUCGACGGCGUGAUUGCAGUCAAAGGCAAAGGCAGCCCGUCAACCUCUGGCGAUGAAGACCGGGACAGCAGUGAGAUGGCCACCUUUUCCUUCGACUUUGAAUCACAGCAACAUCAAUCGUAUCAAGCAUACCUGAACAGCCAAAGCCUGCAGCAACAAGCAUAUGCCUCGAAGGAGAGUACGAAUGUCCCGCAGUCUCAAGACCGCGCCCAAGAAUACCUCCGCUCCCGCGACGAUGCAUACUCGUCAUCCGGUCCCCUAACCCCCGCGACCGGCGUACCGCUGCUCUCUUCACAACAAGCGCCCGCGCAAUCUGACCCGAUCUUCCACCCUCUCACGCUCUCAAACUUGCAUACGCCGCCCAUCUCGUCACCGUUCGCAGUCGAAGCGUUGCGGAAAAGCAGCGAAUCUACCCGCCGUCAAGCCCUCAACCUAAACGUGCAGACGGAAUUCGCUCCUCCGCCGACGACGUCCAAGAACGAACGUAUCACGCGAAAAGCCGUUGGCAAGGAUGGCGGCAAAAAGGAGAAUCUGUUGAAGAAAGUCUUUCCUCCGCCGAGUGGCGCGUCGGGGUCAUGA